AUGCAUCGCUCUACUUAUGAUGCCCGUUCGGGGUCGCGUUCUUCCAGCCAUAGCAAUAGUAGCGCUUUCAGUCCCAACGCAAACCCUAACGAAGACUGGACCAAGAUCUCGGAUUUAGCAGAGCGUCGUCGCAUCCAGAACCGGAUUGCACAGCGUAAUUAUCGCAAGAAACUAAAGCGCCGCCUGGAAGAUCUAGAGAGACGCGCCGCAUCGUCCGCAUCCCCGGAACAGUCACAUGCGGAACCGGUGCCCCCCAAAGCCACAACCAAGACUCGCUCCAAACAGCGAUCUAACAAAUCCGAUGCGAAAGCUCACACGUCGCACACCCUGCAACCAGAGAGACCGGCGUCGUACGAUCACUACACACCGGACGAGCGAACCAUGUUCGGCCAACAAUGUACUCGCCAACUCUCUGCUUCACCACCCCCGGUGUUUUCAUAUCCACCACUCCAAGGCUACGACACCUAUCGACCAACCUACAACCAACUCGCAGUCUAUCACACCGUGCCCAGCACGUACAGCGACGUGAUGUCUUAUCCCGGUGAAUACGGCGACUCACUACCAUCUAUGGUCCCGAUGAUAUCAGGGGCCCCGCUAGGCACCCCUAGGAAACCGGCGUACGACGAGGACAUCAUCAGCCCAUUUAGUAUGAGUUACGCCGCGAUGGCAGGCAUUGAUAUCUGUCAACAGCAGUCGCCGCCGGAACCUGGUCUUCCGAUGCCAUCGCUUUCCUACGGCUAUUCGGAUGACCAGCGCGCGGUUUCGACAUCCCCCGAGGCGUCGAUCUUUACUUUGCCCUUAACGCCCGAGUCACCUCCGUGCUCGCCACGCUCCAUGCCGGGGCUGUAUGAGUAUGAUCUGCGGCCGUGA